AUGACGCUGCUUCGCCAAUCUUUGUGGGGAAAUACGGAGAUUUAUUUUUAUUGUAUUUACAUGUAUUUUCGUUCAAGUUUCGUGUUGCCUAUACUAUGGACGCUAUUCGUCCAUUUUUAAUACUGGCUAUACUAAUAUGCCAAUACUGGUCAGCGGAAUGCUCACCCUUGUCAACAACAACAGCGGACAGAAACCACCGAACAACAAAUCGAUCAUUACCCCACCUGUACAGCAAUCCAAAUAUGCGGUCUGACGUCGACGUAUGCAUCGCCGAAAUGCAGGACGAAUGGACAUGCUCGUGCAGCUCAUCCGAAUCCAACUGUUGUUGCUGUUGGGCUAUGGUGAUCGAUGAAUACGAUCUGCACAGUGAGGACGGCAUGACAUCACAACAGUUUCUCAACGCCGCACUGGACUUUCAUAAUCGACAAAACUGUCGUCCGCUGCAAGCAGGACUAUCGGACAACGAAAUCCAGUUUUACCAAGAACAUAUUCAAGCUUUUUUUACAGUACCGUCAGCAUCUGCCCAAGUAGCUAUCGAUUCCAAUCCACUUCUGCCAAAUCAGUUUUGGAGCGGUGUUAUGGAAACAAUGGUCCGCUCCCGGUCCCGCUGGUCAGAAUCCCGCAUCAGCGAUUUAACAGUAAAACAAACGACCAUGUUUGUGCACCAGGUUGUCGAGAAACAACGGUGUGACAUUUUAGCGGCAGACGGAAUAGCCUCUUUUCCUGUGUACAAAGCCAUUAAUAAUUUACCGAACAACAUAUCGGUAAUUGCUAAUGAUUGUGGUCUUUUGUCAAAGGAGGAUUCCGUCUGUGUUAGAGUAGAUGAGACCGCUCUGGAGGAAAUGUGCCGCCAAGAUACAACUUUGUCCUCAUGGUACUGGAUACAGAUCCUCAGUCCAAAAUAUCUCGACCACACAAGCUUUGCUGCAAACAUACAAAUCGACGCCGUAGACAUUGAAUCCAUCAUUCGAAUUGUUCGAGUGUUCGGCUGGGUCGUUGGCCUGUUAUCCCCUUUUGCCAAUUUUACUGGCAUUUCCAAUGAAUAUUUCUUAACAGCCGAGUUUUCACCUUUUGCACCGGUCAAGGACAAAUCUGACGCUAGCCAUUUCAUGUGCAUCAUGUUGCCGCGGGGCGAAAGUCACUGGAGUGAUCGACACUGUCAGCAACCGGCAGACAUAGAUGCUCAGAACCGGGUCACAUGUCGCUGUCGAAACUUUGGAAUGCUGACGUUUAUCGAAGCACGCAUCAGCACAACAACAACACUGUCUUCGACAACAGGGAGUUUCAGUACUCUGCUGGAGGAUGCAACCACCACUGUUAUUACAGAGGCAUCCAGCUCACCAAACUGGGAAGGAGCUACCAACGCCACAACAACCACAACAGAAGCGCAAUCUAUAGCAUCAGAUUUCUCAACAACAGUUCUUUCGCUCGAGACAGACAUGGAUACGACUAGUUCCAACACAACCGCUGCCCUUUCUUUAACACCGUAUACAAGUGGCCCCUCGAGCACGAAUCUCCCAGCUAAUGUCACUGGACUAUCGUUAGAUAAUGCAACAGAAGCAGACUUGACAGCUUUGACUGCAACAGAUAUCGCAACAACGGAUUUUUCAACUGGGAUAGACGAUGAUACGACCAUUUCCGAUACAACCGCAACAGUUGUUUCAACGACCGAUACAACUAUUCCAUCAGACACAAAUUUUGCAGUCACUGAAACCGAACCGCCGCUAGGUAAUAUAACAGAACCGGAAUCCACAACUUUAACCACAACAGAUUUCGGAACAACUGACCUCUCGCCUAAUAUCGACACUGCCGCCACGGUUCCCAAUACCACCGUAACAUUUUCUUCCACGCUGUCUACAAACGAUGAUCUGAGCACUGAUUCCGCAGCUACCGUCACCGGAACCCCAGAUUUCUUUGAUUUUGGAACAAAUAGUACCGACACUUUCUAUCAGACGGAUUCGCUGACAGAGACCACGGUCUCUAUUAUACACCUUAACCUCACCAGCGAAUUUACCGCAGUACACCUAACUGAAAGUGUUAACACCACGGUUUCCGUAUUCAACAGCCCUCCAAGCACGACACCGCUCCCCGACAAUCCAUCCGACAUCCUGGAUUAUUACGCUAACACUACCAACAUCCAGAAUCCGGAAGAUUGGAGUCGAGCUUUGAAUGCCACUUUAGACGCAGUUAACACUUUAUCGCAGGGCUCUCAAAUGAGGUUUCACGAUGUGGAAAGGUCUAUCGAGAUCGUGAACACUUAUGUGCAAAGACGGCGCAGCAGCAACAGCAACAGUUCCGAGAACUGUCAACGACCUUCCAUAGCACCGGAAAUACAUUUUAAUGCAACUUCGGAAACACUUACUUGUUCGCUAAUUGAAGAUGACUUUCGGAUCGAUGCCGCUCAUGCCGUGGUUAAAAUUUGUGACCGAUUACUUCAUUCCAAAAACAGCCCUCCGGAUUCUGUUCAGAGCGGAAAUGAUGCCGCUGUGCUGCUUUUGGACACGUUGGAAAAUCUGUAUCUAACGAUGCCACCAAGUGAACACCCGUUGGAAAUUAAUUUCGGAAAAAUAUCCUUGUGCUUAAAUAUAUUCAAAGUGAAUUCUACCAGCAACUUUCAAUCGAUUUCUGAAAAGCUGAAAACAGUGGCAACCGUCCAUCCUGUUGGGUCAAAUCAAAUAAAAAGUGCCGAUUUCUCUCGCCGAACUACCAACAGCACUUUUACUUCGCUUCUGCAGCUAAACGAUGCCGUGCUGCAGAAGGAAUUUGAGACUCUUGUCGCACCCAUUCCACCGAGUGAGAACCGAAUUUUCGCCUUUCAGUUGUUGGCGCUACCGAAUCCUUCUUUUGCAAGAUUCAAACAUCCGUCUGAAAUGCCGGUGCGCAACGGCCGACGAAGUGGAUUGGUGCUAGUUUCGGCGUCUAUGCGAAACGUCAGCGGGCCGUACAAGGACAUGGUAACAAUUACGCACAAAGCGGACAGUCUUUUUCAGGUAGCUUUACUUUUUGAGACUCUUUAG